AUGGAGUUGCUGAAAGAAACAAUUAGACGUGAUUUAGCAUUGCUCUUCUACACUGCCUUUAUUCUUAAUAAUAUUACGUCAUCUUUACCGCCUCAACUGCACAUGCACUACUGGCGGAGCGAAGUCGUAUUCAGCAGGGAUGUUCUUUUUAACGAAAGUGUCGUUUCCAAAGAUGUAUCCGUUCAUGGUCGGAGAGUAACUCCCUGCACGUACUUGACAGGAGUUCGACCGCAGCCAACACAGGACUCUUGCUGGAAACGAUGGAUAGCGACUAUAAGUCGGGGUGGUUAUAUGCUAUUAAUCAGGAAUUCUCUUGUCAUUCCAAAAACUGCGCUUGGAUCCCCGCCGUACUGCCAAAAGGCUGAAAAAGAGUCAGUUGCAAUUAAAGACUGUAAGGCCUUUUAUCUGUUUAGCUGCCUCUAUAGGAUGGAGGUACUACAGUUUGACGUAGACGGUGCAUUUACAAUCCCAGCAUUAAAGGAAGAAAUUUAUACGGAAGUUCCGCAAGGGGUGGAAGUUGGCAAGCAAUAUAAUUGUGUUAGAUUGCUAAAAUCAAUUCCUGGGUUAAGACAAUCUAGUUUAAAUUGGAAUGUAACCAUGCACGGUGACUUGGUUCAGUCUGGUCGCAAGAAGUUGACUCAGUCGGGUCAGAGACGUGCGGAUCGAAAGAUCUACUCUUAA